AUGGGGCAAGGGGCGGCUUUAACAUCACCCCUACCCCUGAGCCUUUUCUGGUUCAUUUUCAUCUUGUUCUGCGUUUCGCAUGGAAAGGUGCAGAACGAGGGCUCUGACUUGCGCGGCUUGAGUGGGGACCGUUCCACCCGAGCCAGCACCCUUUCAACAUCUUGCGGAAUCGAGCUCAGGCCAUGCGAGUUGAACUCCAAGGAACAGCCUCCGACCACUGCAAGUCUCCAGCGCCAAGUGGUGAAUUUCGGUGUCUCCAGCUGGAUUUUGGACAUCCGUGCCUUUUCUAACACACCCCAUCUCCCGCAAGACAGGAGCUUCAAUGAUCUUGAAGGCUACCGCAACGGUCACAGCCUCAGAGCCAAAACCUACUUACCUACUUGCGCAUGCUACAUGAAACCCCCGCACACAGCCGCUGGUUUUUGGGAAACUUCCGAAGUGGUGGAUGCUUCUUUGCACAGAAAUCUUCAGCGUCCUACUUCCUGCCGGAUCACGGCCUGCACGACAUGGGCCGCUUCAAGGUCCAUGUCUCGAAAAGGCCUCCCCGACGCACAUCUCUCACAACUCACCAGGGGCUUAGAGCGUUUAAGGAUUCCGGGUUAA